AUGGAAACCAACAAGAACAUGAAGCAAACAUCCCCCACAACCAUGGAGCCAGAGUUCGAAGAUUUACUACCAGUGAUGGCAGAGAAACUUGAUGUAGAAGCCUUUGUAUCUGAACUAUGUAACGGUUUUAGGCUUCUAGCAGACCAAGAAAUAGGCUUGAUAACAAGUGAGAGUCUCAGGAAAAACUCAGCUAUGCUUGGUAUGGAAGGAAUGAGCAAAGAAGAUGCAGAAGCUAUGGUUCAACAAGGUGAUCUUGAUGGUGAUGGAAAGCUUAAUGAAACUGAGUUUUGUAUAUUGAUGGUUAGGCUUAGCCCUGAAAUGAUGCAAGAUGCUGAAACUUGGUUGGAGAAAGCUAUUGAGGAACAGCUAAGAAAUUAA